CUGGUCGCCCGGUUUGACGACUUCUCUCGACGGCACAGCAUGUUCGCGGACACCGCAACAGAAGAGUUGAUCUUGGAAUUUGUGCGUAACCAGGAAGCGUGCCGCAAGAAGUGGCAUGCCACUGUCCUCGAAAACGCGGAGCUCAAGAAGCAGAUCGCGUCGUUGACGGAAACCAACGUGGAACUUGAGCGAAAGCUUGCCCACACAAAGGAAGUCCUGCGCAAAGAGUUGCAGCGUAGAGAAAGAUGCGAAGAAGAGACUCAACAAAAGCAACGCCAACUCGAGCAGGUGCGCGACAUCCUUGUCAACAACAAGAUUUGUGACGAGACGGCCGAGAAGCUCUCGGUUAUUAUGCCUAUUCGCACUGGAUCCCAAGAUCAUCCGGUCAGGAUGAGCAUCAUCGAGUCCGUCGGUUCGGUGCUCUCCCCUUCCGGAGACGACCUGGAUGUCAGUGAGGACUCGGCCGGCGGCAUCGACACACCCGGCCCGCAGGGCAAGCGUCGGCACAACUUCUUCGAUGGCCUGUCUCCACUUGGAAAGAAGUCCAAGAUAAACGAUGACGGUGAUCAGCUUCGUGCUAACGUGGUGCAUACAACUGUAAACACUACGGAUGGCCAGGACCCGGUAGCGACUGCACGGGUUGUCACACAGCUACCGACACCUUCUGUGCCGGACGUGCCGACCCCGCCACCACCACCACCAUCACAGACACCAGCUUCUUCGACACCCACGAUGACGCCGAAGUACUCUAGUGGAUCUGCACCGAACACACCGGUUGCCCAGAGGCGCGGGAAGGCAGCAGCGAGUGCCGCCAUGCCGAGGCGGAGCAACUCGGCCGAGAAGCUGCUCUCCCGACAGCACGCCUUCUGCCCCAAGACGGUGAUCAAGACAGAGACGUGCGGUCCCUGCGGCAAGCGCACGAAGUUCUACAAGACGGUCUUCAGGUGCAGCCGCUGCAACGCCAUCUGCCACCCGGAGUGCAAGCACCAGGUGCCUCUGCCAUGCAUCCCGGUGUGUGACAUUCCAAAGCGCAGCGGAACCGGCAACCGCAGAGGCACCCUCAUCUCGGACCACGCACCGUCCACGGCGCCCAUGGUGCCUGCACUCGUGGUCCACUGCAUCCAAGAGGUGGAGCGCAGAGGCCUGGACUCUGUGGGCAUCUACCGGGUAUCUGGUUCGGAGCGUGAAGUGCGUGAGAUAAGAGAACGCUUCCAGCAAGGCAAGGGUGUCCCGAACUUGUCCAAGGCCGACAUCUAUGCCGUGUGUGGAGUUCUCAAGGCCUUCCUGCUCUCGCUUCGGGAGAGCCUCAUCACAAAGUCGCUGUGGCACACUUUCGUCAGAGCAACAGAGCUUGAGCACGAAGACCGGGUGUGGGCCAUGUGGCAGGCGGUGACGCAGCUUCCUCCGGCCAACCGGGACACCCUGGCUGCCCUGGUGCUGCACCUGCAGACGGUGGCCGCUCACCCCGGCACCAAGAUGCCUCUGUCUAACCUGGCUCGCGUCUUUGCACCCACCGUGGUCGGGUGCUCGAUCAACGACACCGCCUCGGUGCCUAACCUCUUCCUCGAGAUGGCGCAGCAGAACCAGGUGAUGGAGGCGUUGCUGUCGCUGCCAGCAGACUACUGGAAUCAGCUCCUGGACGCCUAGUGCAGUCGGACAAAAAAGCCCUUGGCACUACGAAAGCGGUGUUUGGCGGCCCGGCCUGGUGUAAUGAGUACCCUGCUGAUCUCUCGUCCUGACUAUAAGUUGCGGCAUGCCAGGACGCCCUUGAUUCCCUCUUAUUUUAUUUAUACGCUUCGACAACCUCUGUACAGUGCGCUAUUUUAAUAAAUUUGUGUUGCAAAACUGUUA